UUGCUCAGUGGCAGCUGGUGGCAGUGGCGGCAGCAGCGGCGGCUGGAACUGGUCGGGUUACACCUGCUGAGGGCGGCAGGCGGCUGGCUUUGUCUGUCUGGCCUUUUGGGGAAAGGCUUUCCCUUCCCCAGGUGGAGCUCAAACUUCGCACAAGGAACCCAACAGCCCUCAGAGCAGGAUCCCUACAGACCCCGAGGAUCCCUACUGAUCCCGCUGAGCCAUGGCUUCCAUGGGGCUGCAGGUGCUGGGCAUCGCGCUGGCCGUGCUGGGCUGGCUGGGCGUCAUCCUGAGCUGUGCGCUGCCCAUGUGGCGCGUGUCGGCCUUCAUCGGCAGCAACAUCGUCACUGCGCAGACCAGCUGGGAGGGCCUGUGGAUGAGCUGCGUGGUGCAGAGCACCGGCCAGAUGCAGUGCAAGGUGUACGACUCCCUGCUGGCGCUGCCGCAGGAUCUGCAGGCGGCCCGGGCGCUCAUGGUCAUCAGCAUCAUCGUGGCGGCGGUGGGGAUGCUGCUGUCUGUGGUCGGGGGCAAGUGCACCAACUGCUUGGAGGACGAGACCAUCAAAGCCAAGACCAUGAUCGGGGCAGGCGUGGUGUUCUUGCUGGCUGGCCUCCUGGUGAUGGUGCCCGUGUCCUGGACGGCCAACAACGUCAUCCGGGACUUCUACAACCCGCUGGUGGCUUCCGGACAGAAGCGGGAGAUGGGAGCCUCGCUCUACAUCGGCUGGGCCGCCUCGGGGCUGCUGCUGCUCGGCGGGGCCCUCCUGUGCUGCAGCUGCCCGCCCCGCAGCGAGAAGCCCUACUCGGCCAAGUACUCUGCAGCCCGAUCUGCUGCAAACAGCAACUACGUGUAGAGCCGCGCCUCACGCUGUCCCUUCCGGCUUUGUUUUUCCUCGGCCUGAACCCCACCUCUCGGCCUGGGACCCCAGGAUGGCCCUGCCACAGACUUCUGGCUGCUGGCACAUGGGCCAGCAGGGACAGAGCAGCCCUUGGCCCUUUCUGGCCCCUGGCUGCCUCGCCACGGCCUCUCCUUUCCCUGGCCAGGAUGGACAGACAGAGAUCCGCCAUACACCUGCUCUGCAUGGCCGGUGGAAUCAGCAAAGCGUGCUGGUGCUGUGGGGAGCUGGCUCCUGCUGGCCAGGACAGCCCAGCCCUGACCUCAGGCUCUCCGUGGGCCCCCCACCCACACCGGUCCUUCUCUGCCCUCAUCCCUCUGUAGCUCAAGUUCUUUUCUGGAUGCUUCUCCCAUGUUCCUGGGUGCUCCAUGUCUUGGUGUGACGGACGGUGGCUGGCAGGUGACCAGGUGGAUCUGUGAUCACGACGUGGAAAUCUCCCACGGUGGAAACCUGUACCACCCACGAGAACGGUGGGCCAUCCACCUGCCCUUGGAAUGGCGCUUGGACUGGCUGGACGGGUUUGUGGGAGGGGUGAAGGUGGAAGAAACAGGUUUGGGUAGUACCUGGGGAGGGCCCGACAUUGGCCAGCCUGGGGGAGGGUCUCAGGGCCUCCUGCCUUCCUCUGGUUUCUGUUUUUGUAAUUUAAGACGUCCUAUUCAUCACUGUUAUUUUAUUAUUUUCUACAAUAAAUGAAGCUGUGCACAGA